UCUGUCAUCUGUGUUUAAUCUUCAGUUUUAAAGUUUCAAAAAGAAUUUUAUAUCUGAAUUUCAAUUUUUACCACUAUUCAAGAAUACAAAUGUCGAAAAGAAAGUUACCCAAUGAAAAGAAUUCGGACGAGAAGAAAGCCAAAACAACCCACUGGUCCUUGGGACUCUUGGAGACGAUAAAAGACCCCAAAAAUUUGAUACAAGAGGAUUCAUAUACCUACGUUAUAGCGGAUAAAUUUCCUAAAGCAAAAUAUCAUUAUUUAGUGAUAAGUAAACAGGAAAUCUCUUCCAUUAGUAAAGUUACAAUUAACAAUUUAGAUCUUUUACGGCAUAUGGAAAAAGUGGCUAAGAAAAUUGUCCAGGACGUACAAUCAAAGGAGGAAGAAAAGUAUAAUUUCAAAAUUGGUUAUCAUGCCCAACCUAGUAUGGCUAGAUUGCAUUUACAUGUAAUAAGUGAUGAUAUGAACUCGGCAUGCUUAAAAACUAAGAAGCACUGGAAUAGUUUCACUACGAACUUUUUCAUUCCUUCUGAAAAUAUAAUUGAAAGUUUGGAAAAAAACAAGACCAUUCAACUCCCAUCUGAUCAGCAAUGUAAAAAUUUAUUGAUGAAAGAUCUGAUAUGUAACAAAUGUAUUUAUGUACCAAAGCAUUUAGGCGAUUUAAAAAAACAUAUUCUGGAACAUUUGAAGAAGUAAAGCAUUUGAGACUAUG